CGCUGUCCCGGCCGUAAGGCUGAGUUUGAUCACGCGCAUAACAUGUUUCGAAUAGCGGCGGGACCAGCAUCGAGCUUCCUGUCGGCGCUGUGCCACAACGCUGCACUCAUCACAGCAGGAGCUCACUACUGCACAUCAUUACACAUCACUACAAUACACAUCACCUUACUCCUUCUGCAGCAGGAAAAGUCCAUCGCCGAUCACUCGUCUGCAUUGCCACUAGCGGUCUCAAGAAUGUCAAUUCUUCAGACUGCGCUGGACUAUGCGGACUACGGUCAACUAUGCAGAGUCUACGUCGAGUCAUGAGCUUUUGUACUACAGCUUCCACGUGUGGAGAUGGGAUAGGGGACGUGGGCGGGCCGUGCCUAAGGUAAAAGGCAUGCUGAGGCGAGACGUGGACACGAGUCGGUCUUU